CUAAAAAUAAAAUGAUAAUCAUCCAAAAUGAUUACUUUCAAGAGAUGCAUGUUGUUCCUAGGGUUUGCUUUUCUUUUACUUUUUAUGGUUCCUAUUGAUCUAAAUAAAAAGAAUGAUGAUGACAGUGAGUUUCGUUUGUUUCUGAAAAAGUAUAAUAAAACAUAUAACAAUGUGACUGAAUACCAAUUUAGAUUAGGGGCAUUUAAGGCUUCUUUAAAUAAGAUCAAUGAAUUGAAUAAUUUAAGAAAAUCCAACUUGAGUGCAUGGUAUGGACUUACAAAAUACUCGGAUUUGUUUGAGGAUGAGUUCUUGGAUGAUCAUCUGAUGGAUGAUUAUGCAGAACGGCAAUUAUUGAGAAACCAUGUAGACACAUCCUCAUCUGAGGAAUCUAAGUCAAGAGAAGUAAGGCAAAUCAGUGGACUUCCUUUAAAAAUAGAUUGGAGAGAAAAAGGCGUUAUUACUCCUGUUAACAACCAACAUACAUGUGGUGCUUGCUGGGCUUUCAGUGUAAUAGAAACAGUAGAAGCUAUGAAUGCAAUCAAGACCAAAAAGUUAGUUAAACUCAGUACACAACAGGCUAUUGAUUGUGCUGGGUACAAUAAUAAUGGCUGUGAUGGUGGUGACAUGUGUACUCUAUUGAAAUGGUUUAUAGAUAAGAAGGUUAAAAUUCAAACAGAAGAACAAUAUCCUCUACAUUUGCAAACAGAAAAAUGCAAGAGUAAUAAUACAGUAGAUGGUGUACAAAUAAAGAAGUUUGCCUGUGAUAGUUUGAUCAAUGACGAAAAUUACAUCUUGGCUACUUUAGCUAAGCAUGGACCUGUAACAACAUCUAUAAAUGCUCUAUCAUGGCAAAACUAUUUAGGUGGAAUAGUGCAAUACCAUUGUAACUCUCAACAGAAAUUUUUAAAUCAUGCAGUCCAAAUAGUAGGCUAUGACUUGGAAAGCGAAAUUCCACACUACAUUGUACGGAAUUCUUGGGGUGAAGAUUUCGGGGAUAAAGGCUACGUUUACAUAGCUAUCGGCAAUAAUAUAUGCGGAAUUGCCAACGAAGUUUCUGCACUGCAAGUAGUAUGAAUAAGUUGGAAUAAGCAAUUUAAUUAUUCAACAUACUAGUUCAAGGGAUAUAUAGGCAACUUUACAUGUAGUUAUGCUCUAAAAAUGAUAACUAUUAUUUUUGUUUCUGUUAUGUAAUAAAUUAUAUUUAAUUGAAAUUUGAAUAAUGAUAAAAAAA